GUGUUGAGCGACACUGGGGGUCCCAGAGAGUGCUUUACAUUUACAUUUUCUCUAGCUGAUGCUACUCUCCAAAGUGACUUACAUAGUUAAGAUACAAAAUCACAUUAUGUUUUACCUGUUGGUACAGCAGGGUAGUUUUUACUGAAGCAGUUCAGGCUAAGUACUGUGUUCAAGGGUAUGAAAGUAGGAGGUGGGCUUUGAACCUGGACCUUUCAAAAAAGCAGCUUUGACCCCUGCACUGUCUGCUGCCCCACUACCUGCCUGCUACUUUGCCAUGACACAUCAGUGCUCUGUCUGCCUAAAACAGUUUCAGUUUGCCUCCAAGCUCCAGAGGCACCAGCUCACCCACAGCGGACAGAGGCCCUUCGUCUGUCCGCUGUGUGGCAAAGCUUUCCGACAGGCAGCACAUCUUAAGACGCACCAGGAAACUCAUGCAAAGCAGGCUGCCCUCACAAAUAAGGUACAUCCUCUGAGUGAUGUUAGUGCCCUACCAUUUCAUGGAUCCCAGGAGGGCUUUCCUCAGCUUGGCCCUUGCACCCAGGAGGAGGAGCUGGGGCAGGCCGUGCAACCGAGGGUAUCGCUUAAUACAGGACAAUCCAAACAACAAUGUGUUCCUGAUGUGCACUGGAACACCUCUGACAGGAUGGCACCAAAACAAGUCUUACAGGAGCAGCAGCUUAACUUCAUCAAUCCUGCCGAAAGCAAAGUUCAUUUACAGACCAUCUGUUUGGAAACCUUUGCCUCAGUUGUCCCCCUUCAAAAGCACCUUCUUAAUCAAGAAGAACAGGAGUCAACUGAGCCCAAACCCUAUCCCCAGACAAGCGAUGUGGGAGAUACUCCACACUCAACACAUUCUGAUUGUGCUCCUCAAGGCAAGUCUCAUAACAAAGGUAAUGUGAAACACCAGUGCUCCGAGUGUUCAAAGUGUUUCAGUUCACCCUCCAAGCUGAGGAGACACUGUCUCAUCCACACUGGCCAGAGGCCCUUCCAUUGUUGGGAAUGCGGUGGCACUUUCAGACAGCUUGCACACCUGAAGACCCACCAGCAAACCCACAAAAAGCCAUGGGGGGUACAGAAUCACACAGAUGAGAAAGUGGAUCACGAAUCAAAAGAUCUAGAACUACAGUCUGAAAGCCAUGUCAGCCCUAAUUCCAUUCUCUGUAUACCUACAUCAGCUGUGUCUGUAAAACCCAGGAGGCUUCAAGAGCAAAGAAUGAUGGAUUUUCAGUUGUUAUACAGCAAUGAUAGUGGUUCCAUCAUACCACCCAAACAUCGCACUCUACCAAGAACCCAAGACAUGAAAGAGAGUCUUUCAACCCUUAAACAUAUUAGUAAAGUGAAAAUCGAAGAGGACAAAGUUACUGAAAACAGGAAUGUUUCCGAGAGUAGCGCUGACAGCUAUCGGUGCAGCAUCUGCUUCAGAUCGUUCCAGUUUCCUUCCAAACUCAGACACCACUAUUUAAUCCACUCAGGAUCAAGACCCUCUGAAUGCAGAGUAUGUGGUUUAGCCUUUGCUCAAGCUCAUGAUCUAAAAAAACAUACCAACAAACACAAUGUCAGAAAAGAUGUUCACAACCUGGAUCAUGCUGGAAGCUCCCACAACUGUCAGAUAGACUCUGUAAACUGUUCUUUGCAGGAAGCAAAACCUGAAUGUUCUGACCAUAACCAGAUCGUGUCACCAGUUAGUGAAGAGACUGCACUGCAACUUGAGCUGAAUAUCAUGGUGAAAUCAGAACACUGGCACCCAGAUAUUUGUGCUGAGCUUGAGAUGACACCACCUGGUAGACUGGUGCCAACUCAGCAGCAUGUACCAAAGCGAACAUCUAGGAAUGUGAGGAAGAAGCACCAGUGUUACAUGUGCCUCCAACAUUUUCCUGCCCCCUCCAAACUCCAGAGGCAUCUCCUGAUUCACACAGGACAAAGACCUUUUAGCUGCCAUAUAUGUGGGAAAAGAUUUCGUCAGCUGUCUCAUGUGAAACUUCAUGCCCAUACCCACUCCACUACCAGAUGUGUUCAGUUGAGAAAUGCCAAUUUGGACUGUUUCACUUCUUUGCUCCCCACAGAAAUGAAAGGUGAUCCCAGAACUUCAGUUGUGCUACCAAAAUGCAGUGCUUCAGUGGAAGAACAUGUUACAGAAAAGCUUGCAGCAGCAGACUCUGUCAUGGUCAGUGUUGGUAAGGAAGAGCUCUCAAAAAGUAAGUUCACUGUGGAUAUUUUCCAGUCCAUGAUGGGAAACAUCCAUAGGAAACACCAGUGCAAAUUGUGCUUCAAGUGCUUUGCAAGCCCCUACAAACUUAAAAGACAUAACCUAAUACACACUGGGCAGAAGCCCUUUCGAUGUGCUUCAUGUGGGAAGACAUUCAGACAAGCAGUGCACCUAAAGGUUCACCAACAGACUCACGGCAGGUUGAAGCUCUAUAAAGAUGCCCUGCUGCGGAAAUUUUUUUACUUAAUGAGAUCCACCACUAAGGGUAAUUUUCAGAGCAGAGAAGUUUCCUCCCAAGGACAGUCUUUUUCAGGAGUCAUUCCUGAGUAUUUGCCUGCAUGUAUAAAACAGAGUCAGCCCAUUACUCAGUCAGAAGAACAAACUGCAGAUACCGUGGCUUGCCCUGGAAAAAGGACUCGAAAGCAGCUUGCGCUUGAGAUCGGAGGUAUCAAGAAGGACUCCUGUAAACCAAGAAAUUAUGAAUGUUCCCUGUGCUGGAAGUGCUUCAAUGCCCCAUCCAAGCUGGCAAGACACAGCCUCAUUCAUACAGGCCAGAGGCCUUUUCAGUGUCAUAUUUGCCAUCAGGCUUUCAGGCAAUCAUCUCACCUGAAAGCACAUCAUCAAGUCCAUAUCAGGAUGAAGCCCAUCCACCAGAGGAAGAUAGAAUGUAGCAGAACACCACGGCUAAGUGGGAGCAUAGAGAAUAACAGUCUUGUGGAUAAUGAAAAAGUGGACUUAGUGGGAUGUGUAUUUCCAGGACUUGAAAAUGCCAGCCUCAAAGCACGGGCUGUGGAGAUGAGUAUGAGGAAUGAUCCCCGUAGAUUUCCAAACACAAGAGGAAAGCACUUUCCAAGAUGGAACUACCGGUGCUCCCUGUGUGAGAGAGGCUUUGACUCCCGGUACAAACUCCAGCGGCAUUACCUGACACACACAGGCCACAAGCCAUUUGCCUGUCAUGUCUGUGAACGCAAGUUCAGACAAUCAACACAUCUAAAACGACAUCAGCAGAGUCACAAUUCUAUAGUAAGACCCUCAAAAUCUGGGAUGUUACUUUGUAUGAAUAAGCUCAGCAUGGCGCCUCCUGAAUUUUACAGUCAUCAUGAAAGUGACUCCCACAAACACAACAGUGGAAGUCAUACGGAAGACCAAAAUGUCCAGUGUUAUAAACAACCUUUCGGUGAGAAGGGCUUGCCUGUGAAGGCCGAUGAGGCGGCAGAUAUUGGAGCUGUUAAUGAUGAUUCUGUAGUAUUGCUACCUUGUGUCCCACAGAACCCUACCUCAAAGCACAAAGACUUUGCUGAAAAAACAAGUGACAAUACCUGUGGAGCUCCAUGCCCUCAGUCUUGCAGUAACCCAUCAGGCUGCUGGACCAAUCAAGUACUAUCCAAGUGUGAUUCCCCCAGUCCUGCAAAUGCAGUAAAACACAACAGUCGGAAAGACUACCAGUGUGUGGUGUGCCUGAAGAAUUUUGACUCACCUUCUAAGCUGUCACGACAUUUCCUCAUUCAUACAGGCAUGAAACCUUUCCAGUGCCCUUUCUGUGCCAAAGCUUUCAGGCAGCUUUGCCACCUGCGGAUUCACCAGCAGACCCAUAAGAGGGAGAUGAGCAGCAGUCCUUGGCAAGAGUAUAAUCUAAAAGUUCAAGAUCAUUCGGAAAGUAGUCUGCAAGAUAUUGUGCCAGUCUGUGAGGUGCCCUCACUUGAAUCCAUUUUUUCUUUGAAAAGCAGGAGAGAUGAAACACCUCCUACUUACCACACUUUGCAGUCUGUCCAACUAUGUUCUAAUCAUAGGUUUCCUUUUGACAACCACAAUCUGAAAUCUCAGAGCUGUGAACUGGCCUUCACUGCAAAAAACUGUGAUCCAAACAGUACUGCCUUGGUUGAACAUGAUCAAGAAGCUGUAGACACUGUAAUAGCGGUUGAUUCUAGAACGUUAACAUCUUCUGUUACACUCAGUCUUGAUGAACAGAGAGGUACAGUUUAUUCCUCAACACCUAAGGUGGGUCAUGAAAUAUCAGUCAUGCCUCACCCCUCAUACAUCUCCUCCACACUCAUGGUUAAGCACAGUAAAACACCACUGGUGCAAGACCAACACACUCUUCCUCUUGAAGAGAAAGGUGAACAAAUGCAGCAUCCAGAGCAGCUUUGUGAACAAGGUUUUGUCAAUAGUUCAACCAUUGGUCAUGCAAGCCUGGACAACUUAAACUUUGUAGCAACAGGGUUAGUGGAUCAAAUCAACCACCCAGCUUAUAAAGACCUUAGGCAAAGCAAGACACAGCACAAAUGCCCUGAGUGUCAGAAAUGCUUUUCCUCCUCUUCCAAAUUGAAGAGGCACGGAAUGAUUCAUGCUGGGGAGAAGCCCUUUGCAUGCCCCAUCUGUGAUAAGGCCUUCAGGCAGGCCUCACACCUUAAGUGCCACCAGCGCAUUCACACCUUACCAAUUACUGGCCUGGGUGCACUUCAGGAGGACAGAGGGGACCUCAAAGAAGACAGAAAAGACCUCCAUGAACCCCAUCAACCAGGAUCAGCCUCUAGUACUUCUGAGGAAAGCAGGACAAAGGGGCAGGGGGUGGCAAAUGACCAAGAGGUCCCCAUGGGAUACUGGUGGGAACCUCUCAGUGAGAUAUUCAGCUGCACACACUGCCACAUGGUCUUUUUCACUGAACAGGAGCUGGAACUCCAUUCCUGCACCUGCAGAGGUGAUAUGUCAGUGGUUAAGGGUUCCCCCUACCAGUGUGCUGUAUGCUUCAAGGAUUUCAGAGCCCCCUCCAAACUGAAGAGACAUUUUGUCAUCCACACAGGCCAAAGGCCCUUCCAGUGUUCCUUAUGUGGGAAGACUUUCACCCAGUCAGGGCAUUUGAAAACCCAUCAGCUUGUUCACAAAUAAGUACCUUACAGUGCCAGUGUACUGGGAUGCGAAUUCAUUUUGUUUUCAUGUAAUGCUAUUUUAGGGACUUUUCAACUAAGAAUAGCAUAGAGUAUUUUUUUUCAUACUGUCAGUUUGAAAACCACUAUUUAUUUUGAUAGUGAGGCUAAAUUGCCAUAGUACAAAUAGCAUAAGUAUAAUUGUAAUACAAUUAAUGGAGCAGCAAGGCAAAGGACAGCAAUCAACGGUAAUUGGAAAAGAGCAAUGAGCAAAAAAAGUGAAUAAAAAUGAAGACACAGAAAAUCCUUAAAAAAAAAAAAUGUUGAUACAGAAGCAGGUCAAAGAAAAGAGUCUAUAUAGAGAUAUGGCAUUUAGAAGGUGAAUUCACAAAGCCUCCUUCUGUAAUAGACUUAUGUCUCUGUUACCCCCCACCCCGAUACAUUCACCAGUUUAAGACCCAUAAAAUGGAAGGAAACCACAUCAUAUCUGGCCUCAGAUUUCACAUCUUUAUUCAUAAUGGAAUAUUUAUGUUCUUAAUUUAUGAUCCUUUUAGUCUACGUAAUAAAGGCUACACCGACGUGGCAAAAAAUAAAUUACGCAUGUGGAUAAACAAGUAUUCUGUGACAAUUUGGAUGCUUACGUGAACUGCCUCUUAUUAAUUGUAUUGUAACAAUAAAAUUAUGACACUUAAAAUUGCUAUCCAGCAUAGGAACUGAGUACAUUUUCAGUUGUUUAUCAAGAUUUAGUUUCAUCAAGUGCUGCCCCAAGUUGGGUGCUCCCAUACAUGUAAUCCUGGAUGGUGUUUGAAAAUCAGUGUUGGCAUUAUGAUCAGUGUUCAGAAUGUGCCAGUGAAUGUUUGCUAUGUCUAUUAAACAUCUAGGAAUGGUAACGUAUGACUAUGAUGGCUAUAACAAUGGUGAGGAGCACUUUUCUGUGGAACAUACCGAAGCCUGUUAUUUAAUCUAGAUAUCGAGUUGAGCACGCAUUCUGGUGUUUCUUUUUUAUUAAAAUUUGUGAAUGGGGAAAAUGCAAGAGGCAUAAAUUGAAGAAACUGGCUGUACCUACUUACUUUGGGUGCUCCUUAAAUCCACGUUUCAUUAGUAAAGGUGCUGGAUUCUCAUCUUUUACUAGAUAAUUAUAUCCCAUGGUUAAAAUACUUUAAAUCUGUUUUUUUUUUUUUUUCUUUUUCUUUCUUUUUGC